AUGGCUUCCCCUUCCGACGUCGAAAUGACACAAUUUGGCGAAAUCGAUAAAUCAAAGGAUCGAUACCCGUGCUGCAUAGUAUGGACCCCCAUUCCCAUCCUGACGUGGCUCUUCCCUUUUAUCGGACACAUGGGAGUAUGCCUAAGUUCUGGCAUUAUUCGCGACUUUGCCGGACCUUAUUACGUCUCCCAAGAUAACAUGGCUUUUGGGCGCCCCACAAAAUACUGGCAGCUCAAGCCUGCACUAGCCUAUGGCGGCAUCACAGGGUGGGACAGAGCAGUGACUGAAGCUUCCGAAAUAUACAGCGGUCGGAUGCACAACUUAUUUUGUGAUAAUUGUCAUUCACAUGUUGCCACAGCACUUAACUUAAUGCAAUAUGACAAUUCCAAAAGCUGGAAUAUGGUAAAACUUGCAUUCUUAAUGUUAAUUUAUUCCAAGUAUGUAAGUUUCUGUGGUUUUGUAAAAACGUGGCUACCUUUUUUGUUUUUAGUUACUUUAAUUGUUCUUGUAAGUGUUUUAGCUUAAAUACAAAGUUUUAGAUGCUUAA